GCAUUAUGUUUCAGCAUCCAUAAGUAUUCUCUCCAUGAUCCUCGGAUGCCUGGGCUGUGGUGUUAUACUUGACUACUUCGGAAGAAAAGCAAGCCAUACCAUUAUGAACAUACCCGCCAUUGUCGGCUGGCUUUGCAUCGCCUUUGGCAACAACAACACACUAAUCCUCGUUGGUAGAUUCCUCACUGGAAUCUGCAGUGGUGUCAGUCGACCGGUAUCUUUGGUAUACAUCGGAGAAAUUUCUGACCCGAAAUUAAGAAGUAUAUGCCUCCUCAUGCCAGCUUUGAUAACGAAUGCUGGCGUGAUUAUAAUUCACGUGAUCGGAAAAUAUUUCCACUGGAGAAUAAGUUGUUUCUUAUGCGUCAUACCUUCUGUUUUGUGUGUUGUAUCUUUCAUAUUUCUUAAAGAUAGCCCAUUAUGGCUGAUAUCAAGGGGAAGGGUGGAAGAAGGGAUGGUGGCUUUUACGUGGUUUAGGGGAGAGGACGAGAAAGCUGUUAAGGAGCUAGAAAACGUUUUAGACAAACGUAGAGAGAACUCUGACGAAUAUUGUAAAAUUGUAAGAGAAUUGCUUUCGGAUCGAACGUUGUUGAAGCCUUUUGUUACUGUUUUCUUUCUGAUGCUAUGCACGCAGUCUUCGGGUGUAAAUGUUUUGCCGUUUUACGCUGAGAAUAUAUUCAACGAGACAUUUUCUGGCAAAGUAGAUGGCUACACGUUGAUGAUAGUGUCAGACAUAUUAAGAGCUGUUGGAACGUUAACAGUAUGCGUGUUUGCAAAAGUAUUGCCAAAAAAGAAAACGUUUUUAACAUGUUGUUUUGGGGUAAUCGCUUCUCUCGGUGCACUAUUGUUAUUAUAUUUUUUUAAUACCGGUGAUAUUUGGGCACCUUUCGUUUUCUUUGUAUUCUUUAUUAUUUUCGGAGGCGUUGUGAUAACUUUGGGUUGGACUUUUAUGCCUGAGAUACUACCAAAUAAUGUUCGUGGUAUAGGCACAGCGAUAGCUUCAGCUAUCGGAUAUAUUGUGCUGUUCACUAUCGUCAAAGUAUUGCCAGAUGUUUUGGAAAAGUACGGGGAAGCAGCAUUGUAUGCUUCCUUUGCUGUUUCAAUAUUAAUAUGUUCGACAGUAUUAAGUUUUAUUUUACCAGAGACUAAGGAUAGAACAUUACAGUCUAUCGAAAAUGACUAUACUGAAUGUAGUUUUAAUACUAAAUUGUAGACAAAUGUUAUUUGUUAUGUAAACAAAGAUGUGCUAAUCGUAAUGUAUGUUAAAAGUAUUAUUUACCAAAACAACGGUGGUGUUUUUA